GUCUACUUGUUAGCCUCUGUAGUUGAUGGAACAUACUCCCAUGCGAGUAGGUGGGGCAUGGUAUGGACCAGUAGAGUAGUGGGCCGUCGAACGUGACGAGGAUGUCAGUCAGUAAACUACAGCAGCUAGCUAGCCAGCUAGCAUCUGCCUGAGUGUAUGCUUCAGGGAAUUCUGUAAAAUAUAGCCAACUUCGUUCGUUUUUGUGAACCCAACAUUGGACUCUUUGUUGUGUGACAGACAGACAAGACAAAAUGACAGAACUACGGCAUCGCGGCACCACGGAGAACGAGUUACAGCAUCAACAAUCAGAGGACAAGGGCUCAGACACAGAAGGACGGGCUGAUGGUGCGUCAGACUCUGAGACCAAAGCCGAUGCGGGCAUGCCUGAGGUCCCCGCUCCUGCUGACGACACACCGGAGGUCCUCAACAAGGCCCUGUCAGGACUGUCGUCAAGAUGGAGGAACUGGUGGGUGCGGGGCAUCCUGACUCUGGCUAUGAUAUCCUUUUUCUUCUUCAUCAUCUACCUGGGCCCCAUGGUGCUGAUGAUGAUUGUGCUGUGUGUCCAGAUCAAAUGCUUUCAGGAGAUCAUCACCAUCGGCUACAGCGUGUACCACUCCUACCACCUGCCUUGGUUCAGGACGCUCAGCUGGUACUUCCUGUUGUGCGUGAACUACUUCUUCUACGGUGAGACGGUGACGGACUACUUCUUCACACUGGUGCAGCGCGAGAUGCCGCUGCGCAUCCUCAGCAAGUAUCACCGCUUCAUCUCCUUCGCCCUCUACCUCACUGGCUUUUGCAUGUUUGUGCUGAGCCUGGUGAAGAAGCACUACCGCCUGCAGUUCUACAUGUUUGGCUGGACUCACGUGACCCUGCUGAUUGUGGUUACCCAGUCUCACCUCAUCAUUCAUAACCUCUUCGAGGGAAUGAUCUGGUUUAUUGUGCCCAUCUCCUGCGUCAUCUGUAACGACAUCAUGGCCUACAUGUUUGGCUUCUUCUUCGGACGCACACCGCUUAUCAAGCUGUCUCCCAAGAAGACGUGGGAGGGUUUCAUCGGAGGCUUCUUUGCCACUGUUGUGUUUGGGAUUCUGCUUUCCUAUGUGAUGGCGGGUUGUAGUUACUUUGUGUGUCCGGUGGAGUUCAACAAUGACACCAACAGCUUCACAGUGGACUGCAUUCCCUCUGAGCUGUUCCAGCUGCAGGACUACACCCUCCCCACUGUCCUGGAGUCCAUCACUGGCUGGUCCACUGUGCGUAUGUACCCGUUCCAGAUCCACACCAUCGCCCUGUCCAGCUUCGCCUCCAUCAUGGGACCCUUCGGAGGCUUCUUUGCCAGCGGCUUCAAAAGGGCCUUCAAGAUCAAGGACUUUGCCAACACGAUCCCAGGCCACGGUGGCAUCAUGGACCGCUUCGACUGCCAGUACCUCAUGGCCACGUUCGUCAACGUCUACAUCGCCAGCUUUAUCAGGGGACCCAAUCCCACCAAAGUGAUCCAGCAGCUGCUGGCCCUGCGCCUGGACCAGCAGCUCUACAUCUUCAACUCGCUCAAGACCCACCUCACAGAGAAGGGCCUGCUGCCUGCCGGGGAGGAGGUGGCCUAGGAGGCCCAGGAGGUGCCCUCUCGCCUCAGGGUGGAUGGGGGAGGAGGGCGGAGGAGAUCAUGAACACAAACGAAGAGAGAGGCAGACAAGUCUGACCAACACCCCCCCCUAAAACCAACCCUUAACUAAAGCCUUUGGGUCAUUCCAUUUAGUGUGUGUGUCUGUGUGUGUGUGUGUGUGUCUGUGUGUGUGUGUGUGUGUCUGUGUGUGUGUAUGUGUGUGUGGCUGGCUGGCUGUCAGGAGACCCAUGUGGUCACGCCUCCGUCUCUGAAUGUGUUGUCUGAAUGUCUAUGUUGUUUGUCAGUGUUUCUUUGGUUGUUUGUCAGUGUUUCUUUGGCUUGUCACUGUAUAUUUUUGUGUUGAUGUUUCUUCCAUAUGUCAGGUAGAGCACAGUAUAUAACUACAGUGCAAAGUGCACAAAACACGCGCGCUCCUGAAGUCAGCUAUACAUUUCCACACGUAUACAGUUACAGAACAAUAUAAUAUACUCCUCCUAUGUGUGAAAUAUUUUAUGGUACAUUGCUUUUAUUUUUUACCUUUGUUUUAAUGCACUGCUCCACAAGCCCACACCUUCACUGUCUUUGUUCAAAUUUUAUUUGCUUUGUGCUCCAUUUUUUUGUUGUUGAUGUCAAAUUUUUUGUUGUUGAUGUAUUAGUUUGGUCAGGGAUUUUAGAAUCCAGUAUUUUCUGUCCGUUUGGUGAGCUAACUGUCAAACCUCUUGACCUCUGUGACUCCCUGUUACUCUCUUUCUGUCUUGUCUUUCACACAGUGCUAAGAGGUCCUAGUCAUGUCUGUAGAAGAGCAUCACGUAGCUUCUAGUGAGCGGUUGCGUUCAUUCGGUUCAUUCGGUCCAUUCGGUCCAUUCGAGGUUGCGUUCCUUCAGGCUGCAGCGGAUGCACUAAGCUUUGGAGUCAUGGUGGAUGAGCAUAGAUUGGUUAAUGUUAUUGAGUAGCAUAAUGGAAGUGUUGUGCCAUGCUGUGCUGAUGGACAGUGCUUCUUUCUGGAGCACUGAUGCAGUGUUAGACCAUUGAGCGAUCACCAACUGACAUGAACAACACAUAACUUGAUGGAAAUCUCGUCCUGACAUGGGGGUUUUCUCAUCUGUCUGUUUGUCUAUCCUCCCUCCCUUCCUUCCUCCCUCCCUCCAGUCGUAGCCCCACCUUCUAAUUAAUUUUGUGAAGGAACGAUAGCAGGAUGGUCUCUCCCAUUCCUCCAUCCUCCUAUUGUUCCUUCACAAAAUUAAUUAGAAGGAGGGGCUAAGACUGGAGGGAGGGAGGGAGGAUAGACAAAAAGACAGAUGAGAAAACCCCAUCGUUAUGUUUUAUGGAGGUGUCUUGCGUAGCAUGUAUCAGGGAUGUAGCGGUGGAAAAACAUCCACGUCUGUUGCUGCGGUGUUACAGAUUUGCAGAUGACUCUGUGCUGACCAGAUUCAGGGAUGCUCUCAGUCGUGAGAUGGAACUUGAAUGUAAAGAGGGAGAUGACGUUUGCGGCCCUGGCCCUGUACUCAGACUCAGGGGUCAUGACCCCGAGUUAUAUCUAGUGUUGUAUCUGCAGUUAAGCUUCCCUUGUAUCAGAUGCUUAUAAGUGUUAGCGAACUUGCCUGUCAUUUCAUUCAUAUUUAUUACGAGUGAAGAUCUAUUUCUACUGAUCCAUUCAGAAAGAAUAGUGUAUGUCAUUAAAAUGUCUUGUUUACAUUAGAUAUUUUUAGUUCAUGGGUCGAUUUAUUUUUUAUUUUUUAUAUUAGGAUAGCUAACAGACAGUUACUACAGACUACCUAAUAUAUAUAUACUUAUUUAUAUAUGUGAUGGGUGAAACCAAGAGACAUGUAUAUGGCGUUGAAAAUUGCUUCAGCCUCUGUAGCUGUAUAGCAUGUGCUAUAAAUGUGUUAGCUGAGCUGAAUAAGAUUAUGUCGCCAUCAUAUGUUCUGUACAUUUCUGAAGGGACCAUUCUCCAAACUAUCCAGAGGCCCUGUGAAUCCAGCCCAUGGAAAUCGGAUGGCUUGAAUGCGAUUCAGAAGCCCCCAGGUUCACACGCUGUCUUAAUGACCCACUGUGAUCCUGUGCCAUGUUAAAGGGAUGAUUGUCUCAGCGUGAACCAAACGUGAUCUUAAAAAAAUGAUCCCCACAAAUUUCACUGCCGUACGAUUAGUCUGUUUUUACAGCUAGUAUUAGGAUCCACUGCCACUUAACAAAAAUGGAACCAUCCAACGUGUAUCCUCUGUGUACUAGGUCUCAAACGCUAUUUACCACUGCCCCCACUAACUUCAGUCAUCAGUCAUGUUUGCCAGACCAGUCUGUUGAGCAGGUGUUUUAUGGGGUUUGUUGAUCUGGAUGAGAUUUUGUGUGAGAAUGCUGCAUGCUCACUCAUUUGCCUCAGUUGUCAGUGAAACGGAAAGAGUUGCAGUUACACAUUUAAGCCAGAGCUUGUAGCUAAUGCUGAUGUGUAGCCAAUGCUUUGACUCAAGAAAGGAGACGGUAAAAAAAAAAAGAAAUGUGGCUUUGUCUUUUCUGUUAGUGCAACAAGGCUAUUAACAUCAAGAGGCAGCUUUUUGACUCAGGAUUGUUCCCUGAUUUAAGAGAUGGGCAACGUGAGGUGUUGAAAAUAGGUGUCAUAGGACAGUUUCCCCAGAAUCUGUAUUUUGUUGUUACGAAUUUGUUUAGUUAUUUUUGUAUAGGUAUGAUGACUGGGAUUCAUCUUUCCCUCCCAAAACAGCAAGCCAUAACUUAGCAAGGGUUGGUUGUGAGACGUUUUGUAUGUCCAAGAAUGAUUCUGCCAAAUAAUCCAAGUCGGGGGAUAUUAUUUCACAUGCUAAGAACACAAUUAAUUUGUUUAUUAAUUGUUCAUUUUCUGCCACCUAGAUUAUGAAGACGUACUGUGGCUAACAAAGGGUAAGCGCCUUGAUCAUGGCCAUCUCUCUCGCAACUCAUGUGCUUGGCAAGUCUAGGACGGUCAUAUUGCUUAGCAGGGCGGCCACAACGCUACAGGUGCGCACAGAAAAAGGCCUGGUUAUUUUACUCACUGGUGUACCCCACUGCCAUUCAUACUGUAUUUACAGAGAAAAUAUCAAAUGUUUGUUCUUAUUUCAAUAUUAUGUUGAUUAUUAAGGUGUUAUGUGCUCUUUUCUUUUUUGUAAACCUUUAAAUGGUGUAAGGAAAUCAACAUGUUAUUUGUGAUUAUAUUAAAUGGGUUUUUAAAUAUGAUGGUGCAGAGAUUUUUUUUCUUUUUCAGAUUGUGUGGCUUAUUUGUUCAUUGGUAAUUUUGUUGCUAUUUGCAUUUUGUUGGGCAAAAUUGUAUAGCAGAAUAUAUAGAAUAUACUAUAGAGAAAUAUUUAUAUGUCCUUGUGUAAAGUUAUUGCUUUUCUGUCUGUGGUUAUACUGUAUGUCUAAGUUGAGUAAUUUUUUGUGUUUUUGCAACUCUGUGAUUUGUGCCACCUUUGUCAAAGUGCUAUUCGGUAGCAGUGUCAUGGAUUAAUAAAAUAGAACUUUUGAUGUAAGUUCAUGCUACUUAAAAUGGCAAGUAAAUACUUGAGGGUCACCGAUAUAUAGGCAAACUUUAGUAGGAAUUGAUAUGACACUGAUGGUUUGGGAGCUGAUAGCAGUGGUUUACCCAUAGAUCCCCACUAGGGGGCAAUCUUGCAUCCAGAGAGACUACUUACUACAGCAUCCAGCAGCACCGCCAUAGAGAGCUGACAUGGUGGUUCAGUCCCUGCAGAUAUCUUUAUGGACACGUUCCCCAUCGUAGUGUUGUAUGUGUUCUGAGGUACACUGUCUUCUGCUUGCUGGAAGUGUUUAUACCUGAGUAUUUAGCCCACAGGUAUUGCUUCAGAUGUUUUCAGUUAAUUUGAACAAGUGAAAUAUUCCAUCAUGCGUUCUCUGCUUUGGGUUAGACUUAACAUCGGUUGCCUUUGUGAGGGGGUGAUCAUUUCUGUUUUACACAUUAAACAUUAUAAUUAUUCUCAUGAUUAUCAUUAUUAUUAUUAUUGCUGUUUAUUAUUAUUAUUAUUAUGCACAUUGUGUAAACUGUGCUUUCCCCUGCAGUACACUUUUUUUCAGUCGUUAUUUGCCAUUAAAAGGAAAGCUAAAUAUG